UGGGGUCACGGGUCACGGAACAGUGUCACUGCCGGGGUUCACGAACAGCGUUAUGUCUCACCGGGCGUCUCCAUACUCGCCGGCUCCGACACCGGCUCACACCCCAUCUCUCAGCUACUUGAGUACCAGCCCGACUGCCGACACUUCGGCCAGCAACACAACCCUCUGGGGCAACUACGACACAGGCACAACUCUUCAGCAGUACGGAGUAGUUGCAUCGGCUAACUCGGCAGCAUCGAGGGGAAGAACGCAGUCCAUGUCGGCGGCUGCGUCCCUCACAGCUAUUGAGACAGCCGAGUACUUCUCGGAGGGUCGCGAAUGUGUCAACUGCGGCGCCAUUUCGACGCCCCUGUGGCGUCGGGACGGGACUGGUCACUACCUGUGCAAUGCGUGCGGGCUCUACCACAAGAUGAACGGCAUGAACCGACCCCUGGUUAAACAGCCACGGCGUCUGUCGGCAUCGCGACGCGUGGGCCUGUCCUGCUCCAACUGUCACACUAACACGACGUCCCUUUGGCGACGCAACUCGAUGGGCGAGCCGGUGUGCAACGCGUGCGGCCUAUACUACAAGUUGCACGGCGUCAACCGCCCACUGGCGAUGAAGAAGGACAGCAUCCAGACAAGGAAGAGGAAACCAAAAAGUGGAACUCCGAAGUCAGAAAGUUCUGGAGGCGGGAGCAGUGGAGGUGCGAACUCCAACUCCAUGCAACAAAGCCCCAGCAUUGUGAAGCUAGAGCACUCAGAUAAUUAUGGCGAUUGUCGCACAAGCUCGUCUGUGCUGAAUCAUCACACGAGUUCCAACGUUAACAACGGGCACACCGGCCUCAACCUUCUCGGACACGGCGGUAGCAGCAGUAGCACUGCCCUGGUAACCGGCUCGUUGACAUACUCAGGCCUCUACAGCUCAGCUUCCGCACAACCACUACCACUUCAACACGUAACAUCGUCCCUCCAGUACCACAAUUCGCCACAUCUGCACCAUCAGAGUGGUGGGAGUAACACUGAAGUGUCGAGUACACCUGUCAAUCAUUACUACGACCUCAUCCAGCAUCACAUGAACCACUCCAGCGGUCAGCAUGUGACUACAAUACAACCCCCUAAAGUGGAGUGCCCAUCGCCUCCGGCCGGAGAUCUACAGGGGAACAGGUCGCCAGGGCUUAUGCCAUCGCAUUCACCUGGGGAAACAGGCCUUGGAGCAUCACCGCACAUCGUUACCUUGGGCAACAACAACAAUAACAAAGUGGUAGUCAUGGGUAACGGAGACAACAAUAUGGACAGACCUACUGUAGUGUCUAUGUCAUCGUAGACAGAAUCACAACACCAUAAGAAACUGUUGUCAUAUACCAAGGCUGCUAUGAAGUGCCUUUAAAGGUGACUUGUGAGCUAGUUUAGGGGCUCUGUACCAUUUGGACGUGAAAUAUAAUUAAUUAUGCUAGGUCAGUGGGGCGACUGAGUUAAGUGUACAACGAAAGUAGAUGCUUGCAUAUCUAAAUAACAACUGAUUCGGUUAAGACACAGAAAAAUCAGAGCUAUCAGAUUCUGUUAACAAAUAACAUUCUAGACAGUGGACGAAGAAAAAUUCUUAUUGGUACCUAUUCUCUCUUUGCAUGCUGAUACAUUUCUGGCCUUAAAAUUAUUUAAUAAUAUAAAAUUACCUUCUUCUUAGUGAGGCAAACGUUAACUUCCAUUUAUUCAGCUUAGACAGUCAAAAAAUUCCUCGUAUUUUAUAACGCAUAAGGUCCUCUAUCGUGUUCAAGAAACUCUACCACUCUACCCUAUACUGAGCCAGUUUUCCAUCAGACAAUUUGUACGCGUUUGAAAUGGCAUACCCUGUCCACUUCCUCGGUAAUUAUUUCGUGUGAAAAUCGCUUACUGAAUCAAGACCGACCACGCUACAGCAUAAUAUAGUAAAUCAGAGGCCAGCACCAACACUGCACUUCAUACAGUUCCUUACCACCACUUGAAUCACCCUGUUACGCAGUCAAACUCGGCGUCCUUUUCUUCUAAAUGGACAAUCCCUGAACAUGCCACAGCUCAAUUGGAAGUGCCAGGCCUCGAACAUCACAGCAACCUCCUCCCACCCCAUCAGGUUCUUCUAGGCCGACAUUUUUGGACAUGACGAGCCUCCCCACUAGGCCAAUGUGGGAACGCUUUUGGGGAGGUAUUUAUUUCAAAUUUAAAAUAAUAGUAAAAGUCGUUACCCCAUCUGUUUACACAGAGAAGACAGUAAUUUACAUUUUUAACAACAGACCUAAUUCUCUUAACAGAGAAGGUCAGACUUAGGUGCUGAUUACCGCCCACUGUAAAGCACUUUCUUAAUUAUGUAUAUGCAAGUCAAGUGUAGGUUUCUCCAUUUAGAAUGCGAUCUUGUGGGUUGUGACACCAUACAGUUACAGAGAUGGUAAUCAUCUGCAAGGCUAUACAGUGUUACCUCUCAGAAGAUCACUGUUGGCAGUUACCGCAGUGAAAACCUCAAAUUCCCUAUUUUGAUCCAUAAGUUGGUUCACUCUCAUAUUGGUUGUAAAAAUCAUUCAAAAUGUUACUGUUCCAUGCUGCAGUUGGUGCGUGUCGAUUUAUUGGCCAGAAGAGAAAUCUAUUUCAUCCGAGUAUCAACAGCUAAAUUAGAAAAUCAGCGUUUUAUUGCAGCAUUAUCCAACAUAGGCCUAACUACUUUCCUUAAAAAUGAAGUAGUUUAAAUUGUAUAACUUAGAACCCACAGCAAUUUCGCUUUUCAGAAUCAUUUUCAUUUCGAUGCCACGGACACUCUCAUAUGGAGUAACAUCAGGUUAUAGCCGUCGUGCAUUCAAGAGUAGACCUCUCUGCCGCUACACUCCGACUUCUAAAAACUGCACAAAUCGAUUUCACUGUUUCGUGUAUUUAUUUCGAUGUGGUGGCCGAUGUUAGUAUGAUAGUUAAUGAAGACUCAGGGAAGACAAUAAUGGCCAGUAAUUAACCUGAUAUUUGAAAGAACAUUACUUUUAUUAACAAGUUACAUAAUAAGGCCAUAACAGAGAAAGAUGACAAGGUUUUAGAAAGAAGAUGCAUCAACGAAGCUGUCUGUUUAAAACAGCAUUCAUAAAACGUUGAAUAAUUACAGCGAAAUAUCAAAUGUUAUGCAAAUUCAGAUACAAAGUCCGUGGAAUAUCAUCAAUUAGGGUUUUAUGAGCGACACAUCAAAAUGGUUGGAACACGCAGAUAUUAUUCAAAUAUGAAGGCCUGCUCUGUGCGAUCAUCAUGUAAAUUAUAUCUCAAUAUCUGUCAAAAAUACAUUUUCACUACACAACGUCUUUAGAGUAAUAUUUACUUACUGAAAAAGACGUGUCUUUCAUUAAUGUAUGAGAUUAGUGUUGAUGGCAAUUUGCACAAAUGACUCCCAUCUACACGUUACGUCACAUGGUCAUUGCCUAACAGUGUUUUUACCUACGUGUUCGAGACUGAUUGAUUAGUCAUCUUGCCGGGACAUGCUUCAUCAAAGCUAAUACUUUAUUGUAAAAAUCAUAUUUAAACUAUUGGAGUUUGCUCAACUUUCAAUUCACCAUUAAAAAAUUGUAGCAGUUAAGCAGUGUGUUUUUUUGUGUGUGGAAUAUAUUGCACAAGUAUUACUUAGAUCUGAAGCACAGUUACUUACUGUAGGACGACCGCCUAGCUAACAGAAGCUGUUUCACGCUACAUAACAUAGACCUUACUACGCUGAACAGUGCAAAGCGAAUGUUAAAAUGAAACACCUUCUUGUUCGUUAUCUGCUUGAAUACAAGCUGAAUCACUUCAUUGUAAAUAUACUCGUAAUUUCGCUGCAGUCUGUUAAGUAAUAAUGCAGUUGCAGAACUCUUUUGCAUUUUAAAAGUUUGUUUUAAUUUAUAAUAUAUUAACACUCAAUGAUAUGUAUAUUAGCUUCUUGUAAUACUGGAACGGGCUUUUAAUGUACAGAUCAGUUUAUUUGGUUCAGCUUUCGUAUAAAAUAGCCUAAAUCGUUACAAAAUUCUGGAAUUGCCUGUGACUUCACUGUCGGAAGAAACUUGUAUAAUUUCACUCUAAAAAGAUUGACACAUAAAAUAUGCAUGAAUUAGUGGCUUAUUUGAUAAUUUAUAAACUCAAAAUCGAUGUUUAGAGCUCAUGGCCUGGUUUAUCUAUUUUCAUGUCAAUUUUUAAACUUUGUAUGUUCAUUCCAAUUCUGACAUAAACUCGCAUAUCACCAACCAAGUGUAAGAAACGGCGUUCUCUUUUUAAUCUUGGUCGAGAUAUUAAAUAAUCUUAACAAUUUAUAUUACAAAUAGAAAAUGUAUAUAUUCAUUUGUUAAAUGCGAAAAUGAGUGUGUUAUCGAGUCAAAGCCAGAUGCCAGGAGCAGUAGAAUUUUCACAUUAAAUUCCACGCUUCAUUCAAUAUUAGGGAUCUUACUCAAAUACCAUAUCAGACUGAAAACUAACAUGUCUAUUCUAAUAUAACAGUCGAACAAAAAUUUUACUUUCUGUUUUCAAUUACAUUUUUUUGCAGUAUGCAAAAAGGGGAGGGUUCCAAUACUGAAUGGUUUCCUUUGUUAUAAUUUAGUACAGCUUGAUUGUAGGUUAUUGUGUAUUGUUACUGUAUAUAGGCAAUAAAACGAAUUAUAGGGGCGUGUGAAACUAUGUGCAGUUGAAUUCUGCAGUAUUCGAAACAAAUGAACCAGGGCUUCCCCUUAACUCGGGUUCUAAAUAUGGAGCAGAUUUUCCUUCUGUUCCGUUCCUUUCACAAAGCACUUGAGCUUUAAGUAGCUCCUAUGAUUUUUUAUGCUGAAUAAGAUUAUAUUAGAAUACUCUUAAGUAUUUUAUGUUUUAAAAUAUGUAUGCUUUGUAUUUUGUACACACGUCAUGAUACCAAAGCACUGUUAUUAAUAGGAUUACUCAGUUACAAGAGGACCCUCAUAUCUGAAGUAUGUUGGUAGUGGACGAACUAUCAUAAUCUACGACUGUAUACUCUCGUUUUUCGAAGAAUGUAUGUCCCACUGAAAGCAAUAAUAUAAACUAUAUUCUGUCUUGGUAUACCUGUGAUUCAAUCACUGGAAAUACGUUUCAAGUAAGUUCAUUAAUGUUGUAUGUAUAUGUCGUGCAGUGGCAUGGGAUGUUCAAAGAGGUUUCUCUAUGUGUGGGAUCAGCUGUUUUUUUUCGUUCAUGAGUCAAGUUUUAUAAUUUUUGGCAACUGCUAUGUAACAACUGAUAAGAAUUGAGAAUGACGUACGUAGGAUUUGAGGAUUUCACGGCUGGCUGUCCUCUUCGCCCUGAUGAUGGAGGCAGCAAGGACCUCUGAAACGACGGUAAACUCCUACCAGACUACACGGCAUAAUAACCCAAAAGACAGCCAUCUUCAGAAAGACGUUAUUUUAACUUCGUUAUGAAUAGUCGUUAUAAAUUCGGUAGUUAACAUUCACACUUACGGUUCAAUGAAUUUGUCUGAUAUUUAAAAACAUUUUAUUUUACGGAACAAAAAGUUAAAUGUAAGCAUUUAAAAUACAACGAAAAUAAUUUUUAUUCAGUUCAAAUCACUUCGGAAACAAACAGCGGUCCUGCGUGACCAUCCUAUGCCUGUGCAAGACGUGUGUCCAAAUGUGUAAAUACCUCAAGUGGAUCAUCGUUACGGACUCACAUCUUUUGUAUACUUCAGAAAGAAUGUGAAUCCGAAAGGAUGACAGCAUGUGGAAUAGUUGAUGAUUGUUUGCAGCUUGUGUGUUAAAAAUAAUAAACUUUGCAAAAAUAAUGUGAAAAUGGGGAAAAUUAAAUUUUACCAAUUGUACAGCACUAAUACAGAGAAAUAAAACACACGUUGCAUUGUCUUGUUA